AUGAAAGCCCCAAGAGCAUGCUAUCAAUGCCGCGGGUCUAAGCGCAAAUGCGUCCGUCCCGGCCCUGGCCAGCCCUGCAACUCGUGUAUGGAAAGAGGCCGAAAGUGCAGUGCCGAGUUGCAGAGCUACAUCGUUGACCCCGAGUCUGCGGCCUUGUCGCCGGUCGGCAAAGAUAAGCAGGCCGCACAAUCCAGCCCGAGUCACACAGCAUACAACAAUGCAGCUGGCCUGCCAUGGAACACCACACAGGAGCUCGUUGAUCUCUACCUGGAUAUGGUUCAUCACCGACCCCAUAGCAUCUUCCAUCCGCCCACGUUGCGGACCCAGCUUCAUGAGGGUACUGUGCCCGGGGCGUUGCUGUGUGCUAUUUGCGCCAUCGGCUCCAAAUUUUCUCCAGAUCCGGACAGAAAAGCUCUCGAAGCACGCCUCACCGAACAGGCAAAGAGCCUACUACAAGCCGACAUUGAGAACAUCUGCGUUGAAAACAUCCAAACGUGCAUUCUUGUGGCAACCAUAUGUGCUGGUAACAGUCAAACCUCUUCUGAAGCCCUAUUCGUUCGCAUAGCUAUAAGCAUGGCCGAAAUCAUGCACAUUGCGUCUACUGAUACCGAUGAAUCCAUUAUUAUGCGCGAGAUUAAACGGAGAAUCUGGUGGUCGCUCUGUAUGGCAGACCAUUGGUGUUUCUCGGCGCUAGGCAUGCCCCGCCCUACGGAAGGCCUUGACGGUUCGUAUGACUUACCUAUGGACGAGAUAACCUUUCACUCUCUGUUACCCAACCAUGAAACACCGCUAGCACAAUGGAAGCCAGGUCUCUGGGCCCACAUGGUAAGACUCGUCCGGUUUUUCGGUCCCAUCCAGGAUCUAAACCGCCGUAUUGCUAAAGGUGACACCGACAUUCUCAAACUCGACAAGGCGGUCGAGAGCCUGAGCCAACAGCUGGAUGCAUGGAGCGAAAUGCUUCCAUGCACCGCUCAGAUGACAGUUCAAAACCUCUACUACCAACAACAGAAUGGUUUGGGGGGGCCAUUUGUUACCCUGCACCUUACUUAUCACUAUUACUCAACAUUAUUGUAUUUCCGAUUCCUGGAAAGCCAAAAUGCACCUUCUUCCACACAAUACAUAACACGCUGCAAACACCAUGCUUCGUCCUUUAGCAGCCUUCUUCACCUUUCCCACCAAGUGAAGGGCUGUGGAGUCGACUACUCUUGCAUCGGCCACAUGACGGCCGUUUCUUCGUCUGUCUUAGUACAUACUCUUCUAUUCGGCGAAUCGCAAGAACUUCAAAAAGCACGCCGAGAGCUCAACACCAAUUUCGAGGCCCUCAUGGAGCUUCUGAAACGAUGGCCAGUAACCGAAGCUAUGGUGACCACUAAUCUCCCCCAGUAUUAA